UUCUCAGCGACUCGACUCCGCCCGUCCGGCCAACUCCGCGGAGUCGCCAACACGAACCCCCCUCCUCUCUUCCUCCCUCCCUCGGUCUCAUCGAAAACCCCCACUAUUACUACCACUCCCCCUCGCCUUCUCCGCCUCCACAGCGACCAGCAGCCGCGCCGAGCUCCCAGAUCCCUCGUGCAUUCCACCUUCUCCCGAGGACGAUGGGCGCUUCUGCAGCUACCGGUAUGCAGAUGGUGGCUGCACGCCCCUGCAUCUCAGCCUCCCAGGGAAUGCUUACUUCCAGGGCGGCGGUCUCCCGGAUUGGCCGCGCACUCAGCACCACCACUGGCUUUGCAACCUGUCCCAGAAUCUGCUACUCCAGCCCUCUUGGUUCUUCCAAGCGCAGCGGUGUCGCCAUCAGAGCAAUGUCAAGCGAAAGUGGCCCCCAAGGCCUACCAAUUGAUCUUAGAGGUAAAAGGGCGUUCAUUGCUGGAGUUGCUGAUGACAAUGGCUAUGGCUGGGCAAUUGCAAAGGCUCUUGCUGCUGCUGGUGCUGAAAUUCUUGUUGGUACAUGGGUGCCUGCACUAAACAUAUUUGAGACAAGCCUAAGGCGUGGAAAGUUUGAUGAAUCACGAAAGCUGCCUGAUGGAUCUCUUAUGGAAAUUGUUAAAGUCUAUCCACUUGAUGCUGUCUAUGAUUCCCCUGAAGAUGUUCCUGAAGAUGUCAAAGGAAACAAAAGGUAUGCUGGGUCAUCAAAUUGGACUGUUAAGGAAGUUGCUGAGUCAGUCAAGAAUGACUUUGGCAGCAUUGACAUUUUGGUGCAUUCUCUAGCUAAUGGUCCAGAGGUAACAAAACCACUAUUGGAGACAUCAAGAAGAGGGUAUCUUGCUGCACUGUCAGCAUCGAGUUACUCCUUCGUCUCUUUGCUUCAGCACUUCCUUCCUAUAAUGAAUCCAGGUGGUGCUUCCAUCUCUCUAACAUACAUUGCAUCUGAAAGGGCAAUUCCUGGAUAUGGUGGUGGCAUGAGUUCAGCUAAAGCAGCUCUUGAGAGUGACACAAAAGUACUUGCUUUUGAAGCUGGAAGGAAAGGGAAAAUCAGAGUUAACACCAUAUCUGCAGGUCCUUUGGGAAGCCGAGCUGCCAAGGCAAUUGGAUUCAUUGAGAAGAUGAUAGAAUACUCUUAUGUUAAUGCACCGUUGCAGAAAGAACUGUUGGCAGACGAAGUGGGGAACACAGCAGCAUUCCUGGUGUCUCCAUUGGCUUCCGCUAUCACUGGCUCGACUGUUUACGUUGACAAUGGACUCAAUACAAUGGGGCUUGCAGUUGACAGCCCUACAAUAUCAUCAUAGGUGUGGUAUGGUAGAUAGAUGGGUUUUCCUGCUUCAUUGCGGCUUGUUUCUUGAAUAAAGAGCUUAGUUAGGUAGUAUAAGAGCUAAGGGCAGGAAGAAAAAAUAGAGCAUGAAUCCAAUUUGGUCCUUGACAUUUGAGUAAUUCCUGCACUGGGGUACUCGAGCAAUACUACUAGGUGGUUCGGAAUGAUUCAAGCCCCAGUUACCAAUGUUCUGUGCUGUAUCUUGAAAUUUUUAAUCAUUGAUACUGUGUUUCUUCGUAUAAACUUUGUCAAUACAGUGAAAAUCAUGUGCAAUAAUAAGAAUGGAUAAUGUUUGGUAGUCU